CAAUAGCCAUGGAAUAACUGCUCUCCAACUCCUGCCGUCCCGCGUGCUCUCCCGUUGGCGGUUGGCCUAGCCUGAACCGACUCGCGAGAGCUGUACACGCCGCCGCCCCACUCCCAGCUGCCCUGGGCGACCGCCGCGCCGGCUGCCCUACUGCUCCCAGCUGCUUAGGUCCUCCUCGGAGCUCGGACGCUUUGCCGGCGGAGCACCCACCACACCAGCUCCACAUGAAUGGAUCAUAUACUAGCUCGAUAAGCCUUCAUGAUGUCAGUGUCGACGACGGACAGUCCGCUCUUGAUAACAGCAGCAGAGCUUCUAGUCCGUUUGAUAUCCUGACUCCUCAAGAUGUUAUCCCUAUUGAAACAGCAAGGUCUAGAUUCUUGGACCUCGUUGUUGAUUAUUUUAUAUGUGAGCAUGUUAUUGAGAUGGUGGAAUGCUCUGGCUCCGACUGCAGCCAGGUGGAUGGCAAAUCAAACAAGAGAAAGCAGCAGGAGGUUCGAUAUGAGGGUGACCCAAGGGUUUCUUUGCCGUUGAUGUAUAUAGCAAACUUGUACGAAACCUUGGUGAGUGAUGUCAAUGUGCGUCUUGCGGCGUUGAUUGGGUUCCAUGAGAAAACUAUAGGUCUAGCUCUUGAAGCUUCAGGUGGCUUGUACAGGAAACUGACCCAGAGGUUCCCAAAGAGAGGCCACUGCAGCUUCAAGAGGAGGGAGUUAGCGACUUCUCAUGCAACUAGGACAAAGUUUCCUGAACUUGUGGUACAAGAAGAAAAACGAGUUCGUUUUGUGGUUAUUAACGGAUUGGCGAUCAUAGAGAGGCCAGAAAAUAUGAGAAUGGAAGAUGCGGAAUGGUUCAGAAGAUUGACUGGUCGAAGUGAAGUUGCUAUUUGUUCAAGAGAUUAUAAAUUCUAUUCACCACGGCAUAAGAUCAGGCGCUCCCCGCAGGCAGCAUUUGACAUCCCUGAUACAAGUGCUUUGGCAGAGGAUGAGAACUCUUCAUUGGUUUGUUCUUCAGGAUUUCGUUCACCAAACGAGAUACAAAAUCAGCAUCAGUCAACAUCAAAGAGACCUAUCGAACAUCUAGAAAAUCAACCUUUUUUACACCUUUUCCAUCAAGCAGAGGAUGAUAGCAUGCAGCAAGUGCAACAUUGUACUCAGUUCCCACCCAUUCACCAAUGUACGAGCACUCCACAUCUAUCAGUAUCAGAUAAUCCCCAACACCAGCAGCAGGCUUAUUUAUCUCAGCAUAUAUCUUGCUUGCAAGUUGCGCAAGGUCAUCUUGGAGGACGCAUGCAUAUUGUUCCAACCAGCCCGGCGAAGUUCUGUGAUGAGUGUGGCUCCCCAUAUUUAAGGGUGACAUCGAAGUUCUGCUCAGAGUGUGGUACCAAGAGGCUAGGGAUGUGACUGACUUGAUUAAUGUGUGUGUAAAUCUGAUGUAGUAGUGUUGUAGUCUUAUGUUUGAUAGGUUAGUACACCCUUGAAGCUGUGUGGGAAGUGUAUCCUUGAGAUGACUCAAUAGAGAGUAUGCAACCACCUUUACUAACCAUUUGCAUUCUCCAUUUAUUCAGAACAGUAUUCAUUGCUUUAUUAGUAUCUACCA